AUGCUACAACACGCGGUGACCUGUCGCACACAGUGGUCGAAGAUCAAACAGAAGAAAGGUAUCAAUGACAUCCAGAAGGGAGCGGUGUACAGCAGAGCAUACAAGGUACCCCGCCUGCUCACGAGUGUCAUUCGCGUAGAUGGUGGAAGCCCCGAUCCUGAACAAAAUAACUCUCUUGCAGCUGCUUUGAGGCGAGCUAAAGAUGCGGGCGUGCCCAAAGAUAACAUUGAGAAUGCCCUCAAGAAAGCUGCUGGCGGGAAGGACAAGGGCGACACGCACCUCACCUUCGAGGUCAUGGGGCCGGGUUCUGUGGGUAUUAUUGUAGAAUGCUUGUCGGAUAACCCCAACCGCACCAUCAAGUUCGUGAAUAGCAUCCUCAAAGACAAUGGUGGUCGUAUGGCGGAUGUGAAGUAUUUGUUCAAGCGAGAAGGGCGCGUCAAGGUUUCCCUCGACGCCGGAGACGACAUUGAGGCUCGGCUCGAAAAGCUUGUAGAAGUCGCAUUGGACGCUGACGCCGAAGACUUUGAGACGGAGGACCAGGAGGACGGGAGCCGAUAUGUCGAGUUCAAGUGCCCGCAGCCAUCCUUGCACAAGCUCACGUCCGUGCUCAGCGCACCAGGCGUAGCUCGCGAGUUGCUGAAUAGCGAGCUCGUUUACGCACCUGUGGAGCCGCUAGAGGAGCUUGAUGACGAGACCGGGGAGGGCCUCGACAAACUUAUACAAGCCAUAGAGAACGCUGAUGACACACUCAAGGUGUGGACAACAGCAGACGCUUAG